AUGUUGUGGACAAACACCUAAAAGCCCGGGUUCCAGCUUUCGCAUGGAGGACAAGAUGAGGACGCAGGCGGGCAACUGAACGCGCUAACACUUUGUCAAAUGUGGAGGAGAUUGCUUCUGAGGGGUCUCGCUCAGGAAAGGGCCCUGAGGUUUCACUCCCCAAGACACUUUCCAUCCCCUUUCGUGGGCCCCCUGUCUCAUAACAGAGCUCCUGGGGCUUUGUGGGCUUUCAAGCUGCGGGACACGGGCUCCUUCGGGUCCCGGGGGUACAAAAAAGAUGCCAAAUCCACGGUGGACUUCCCCGCCAGUGCUGUCACGGUUGCCGACAUUAAACAGUACCUACGCUCCAAGGACGUUCCCUUCCAUGACGGCUUCAGCUGCCUGCACGUACCCAGCAUCUUCGUGGAGGCCGCCUCCAGGGCCGAACGCUUCUCCUUGUUUGUGGACAAGACCACGGGGCAGUUCUUGUGCAUGGACACCCAGGUGCAAGGGAGCUGGGAGGACCUCCAGGACUGCCUGGAGGUGAUGCAGGCGGAGGAGCGGGAUUCCCUCAGCCCGCAAGUGCUGCUGGGAUAUCCGGAGAGUGCAGAGGAGCAGGAGCAGAGCGAAAGGGACGCGAGGGAGGUGAGGAGCAUCUGGUCCGCCUCAGUGCCCUUCUCGGAGCUGACUGAGGACGAGGCGCAGCUCAUCAAAACUAUGUUCCAGAUCACAAAGAUCUCCAACGCAACGCUGAAGAAGUUCGACGUGAGGCUCUUCAAGCCCACCAAGAGUCUGGUUUUCCCCUGGUUGGGCGGUCCCGACUCCUCUUUGAAGGGACUGAAGCUCCUCUCAGCGCAAAGCACCGCCGACGGUGCCGUUAGUUACAACGAGGCGACAGUCCCCAAGUGCGGCUCCUACAACAACCUCUUCGGCCUCCCUCUGCUGAGCCGCAUAGACGCCGACGUGGUCCUUACGAGCCGUGAGCUAGACACGCUGGCCGUGAGCCAGGCCACGGGGCUGGCCAGCGUGACCCUCCCGCGGGGCGUGGGCUGCCUGCCGCCCGCCCUACUUCCCUACCUGGAGCACUUCAAGCGCGUCACGCUGUGGCUGGGCGCCGACAUGCGCUCCUGGGAGGCGUCCAAGAUCUUCUCGCGCAAACUGGGCCUGCGCCGCUGCCGGCUGGUGCGACCUGGGGAGUACCGCCCGAGUCCCGGGGAGGCCCUGGCGCAGGGCAAGAGCCUGAGCCGCGUCGUGGCUGACGCCAUCCCCGCUGCGCACAAGUCCAUCGUGUCCUUCAAGCAGCUCCGCGAGGAUGUGUACGGGGAGAUGGUGAACACGGAGGAGGUGGCCGGCGUCAAGUGGGCCCGCUUUCCAGAGCUCAACAGGAUCCUGAAGGGACACCGCAAGGGAGAGCUCACUGUUUUCACUGGUCCCACCGGAAGCGGGAAGACCACCUUCAUCAGCGAGCUGGCCCUGGACCUUUGCACGCAGGGCGUCAACACGCUGUGGGGUAGCUUCGAAAUCAACAACGUGCGUCUGGCCAAGAUCAUGCUGACGCAGUUCGCUAUGCAGCGGCUGGAGGAGAACCUGGAGCAGUAUGACUUCUGGGCGGACAAGUUCGAGGAGCUGCCGCUUUACUUCAUGACCUUCCACGGCCAGCAGAAUAUCAAGUCGGUACUGGACACCAUGCAGCACGCCGUCUACCUCUACGACAUCAACCACGUGGUCAUCGACAACCUGCAGUUCAUGAUGGGACAGGAGAACCUCUCGGUCGACAAGUUCGCCGUCCAGGACCACAUCAUAGGCGCGUUCAGGAAGUUUGCCACCAACUCCAGCUGCCACGUCACGCUCAUCAUUCACCCCAGGAAGGAGGAAGACGACCGAGAGCUGCAGACGGCCUCCAUAUUUGGCUCGGCAAAGGCCAGCCAAGAGGCGGACAACGUGCUCAUCCUGCAGGAGAAGAAGUUGGUGACGUGCCCGGGUCGCCGCUCGCUGCAGGUGACCAAGAACCGCUUCGACGGGGACGUGGGGGUCUUCCCGCUCGACUUCAUCAAGGCCUCGCUCACCUUCUCGACGCUCGUCAAGGGCAAACACAAGCUGAGGAAGGUCGCCGCCAAGCCCGAGGACAACGAGGGAGACGAGGCGCCGCCCAAGAAGGACGCCGUCAAACGGGAGAAGGCGGACAAACAGCAAGGCAAAACGCCAAAAUCCACACGAGCUGCUAAAGAUUCCGCAUCGGGAGGUGAAUGAAUACUCUAUGUCAUUGGAAUAUUUCCUCUUUUAUUACCUCUGAAACCUGCUUUUCUUACAAGUACUUAUUUACAGUAUUACGAUCACAAUGUGACUACUACUACUGCGACAUUUUAUACACUUACA